AUGUGCGACGCAAAUGUAGAGAGGGUGCUUGUGGAUGCGCUCCUGAGAGCUCAGAUCCCCGGCCAGGAGGUCAGUAAGCGCCGCACCGUCGAGACGCGCGAGUGCACUGAGGCUGCGGACCUGCGACUGCGUCAUGUGCUCCAGGACGGCGGCGGCCUUGUCUUUGAAGGUGGGCCCUUCAUCGCGCAGCUCUCUUGCCGCACGCGCGUCGACGGCGUCGUCCUCUGCGGGCCCCCCUUCCGCCGGAAGUUCUUGGUGCUGGUUCAAGAACGUCACCUCGAGCGGCUGCACGCGGUCGCGGCCGUCGGCGUCCUCGCUCCCGCCGCCCUCCCCAUCCGAACCGACCACGGAGCCGCCAUCCCCGAACCCUGGCGCCUCCGGCGGAACGUAAUCGUCGUCUACGUAGUCCGUGGAUGCGUCGCGUCCGUCCCCACCGCUGUCUGGCUCUGGGUUCUCGCCGUCCGGGCCGCCUGCUGUCUGAGGCUCCGCCAGAGCGGGACCCACGUGCUCGCCGCGUUCGUCGUUUUCGUCGCCGGCUGCGCCGCGCGGAAGGUUCUCGACACGCUCGGGGUUGUUCAGGGAGUGCUGCUGCGCCUGCACCCUGCGCCAUGCACCCUCGAAGGCACUGGCCUCAUUGACUCGCUGGCGCUUGCGGCAGCGGCCGUGAUGGAGGUGCUUGUCGAACUCGUUGUGGUCCAGGAACGAUUGUAG